CAAGCUGGCGAGGCGAGCUUUUUUUUAGCUCACCAAAUAGUGGCAAGAUUCUCACCACUAUUUGGCAAGCUAAAAAAAAGCUCGCUUCACCAGCUUGUCAACUACCCUACUAUAACUAACUGGUGGUGGGUAGAUUUAAGUAGGCUUCAUUCUAGUAUGAGCUCUGAUCAAGCAGAAGUAUUCUUAUCUAGCAAGCAUGUUUGUUUAGAUUUUG